CGCUCAGUCGUUUUUAUUUUUUAAUAUUAUUAAAACUUCAAUUUAUUUUAAUUUAUAGAGAAUUUUUGCGAUUAUACAUAAUUAUAUACAUCACAAAUUUUACCAAUACCAUUAUAGAAUUUUGUGUAAAUAUACGAAAUUUUUUUAAUGUAAUAAAUGAAAAAGAAAAAAAAUCCUUUUUGAUAAAAAAAAAAGUUAUAAGUAUUAAAAAAUUCUGCAAAGUGAAUAGAAUUUAAGUUAAAAAAAAGAAAGUUGAAUCGAAAAAGGGAUGAAAAGAUGAAAAUUUUCAAUUUUAUUUAAAAGAGAAAAUUAAAUUGAAAAGUUAAUUAAAAUUUCAAAAUAAAUAAAAUAUAGUUAUGCAAAUAAUUUUAUUAUAAAUUCUUUAAAAAAAUAUAAAAAAUUUUCAUUCAAAAAGCAAAAAAAAAGUAAAAUAAAAUAAAAUUUGAAAGAACAAAAAGGAUAUACACUUGAAAUAUGGCUGUUCCAAUUUUUCUUGAGGGACGAUUAAGUUCCUCAGCGGAUAAAGGUGUUCCAGAUAUGACAGCUAUACCAAAUAUAGAUGAAAAUGGAAUUAAUCGAAAUUUAAAAGUUCGAUACCAAAGAGAUGAAAUAUAUACAUAUACAGGUUCAAUAUUAGUUGCUGUUAAUCCGUACAAGGAACUUGAAGUUUACACAACGGAGUACGUAUUCAAAUAUCAUGGCCAAAAAUUAGGUAUGUUAGAGCCACAUGUUUUUGCUAUGGCUGAAGCAGCAUAUAGAAGUAUAAAAGAUACAAAUUCCAAUCAGUCAUGUGUGAUAUCUGGUGAAUCAGGUGCUGGCAAAACAGAAACAACAAAAUUCAUAUUACAGUAUUUAUGUUCAGUGACAUGCGAUGUAUCAACGUGGGUACAACAACAAAUUUUAGAAGCUAAUACAAUUUUAGAAGCAUUUGGUAAUGCAAAAACAGUAAGAAAUGAUAACAGUUCAAGAUUUGGUAAAUUUAUGCAAGUUUGUUUCGAUUCAAAAUUCUGUAUCAAAGGCUGUAUAAUACAGGAUUAUUUAUUAGAACAAUCACGAAUAACAUUUCAAAGUCCUGGUGAAAGAAAUUAUCAUGUACUUUAUCAAUUAGUUGCCGAAGGUAAAGUAAAUACAGAAAUGGCAACAAUGUAUCAUCUUAAAGAGCCAUCAUUUUAUCGUUAUUUAAAUGCAUCUGGUAACGUUAAUAUUGAUAUACCAGUUGAAGCAAAAAAAUUUGAAAGUUUAAGAUUAGCAUUUACAAUAUUACAAAUACCACAACCAAUGAUUGAUGGUAUAUUUAAGGUACUUAGUGCUAUAUUAUGGUUAGGAAAUUUAGAUUUCAAUGAUAUUGAUGGUGAACGUUGUGAAUUAACAGAUGAUGAUAAAAAAAUUGUUGAAACUGUAGCAAAAUUAUUAGGUCUUAAAGAUAUGGAUGUACAACAAGUAUGUUUAUUAAGGCAAAUAAAUGUUCGUGGUAAUAUAACAGAAAUUCCAUUAAAAUUUCAAGAGGCUCGUGAAAAUAGACAUGCAAUGGCAAAAGCAUUAUAUUCAAGAACAUUUGCAUGGUUAAUACAACAAAUAAAUACAUGUAUAAAUCCAGGACAAAAUUCAACAAGAUUUUUAGGUGUUUUAGAUAUAUUUGGUUUUGAAAAUUUUAGUGUUAAUUCAUUUGAACAAUUAUGCAUUAAUUAUACAAAUGAGAAAUUACAUAAAUUUUUUAAUCAUUAUGUUUUUGCAUUGGAACAAGAGAUUUAUCGUCAAGAAGAAAUUCAAUUUUCACAUAUUGAAUUUACAGAUAAUACAUUAUGUUUAGAAUUAAUUGAAAAACCGCCACGUUGUAUAUUAAAAUUAUUAACAGAACAGUGUCAUAUGCCAAAGGGAUCAGAUUUAGCAUAUUUAACAAAUUUACAUGCUGAAUUUGAAUCAAAUUCAAAUUAUGUUAAAGGUACCGAUAGAAGGCAUUGGGAAACUGAAUUUGGAAUAAAACAUUAUGCUGGUAGUGUUUUAUAUCAAGUACAAGGAUUCGUUGAUAAAAAUCGUGAUGUUCAACAAGAUGUUCUAUUCGAUUUUAUGAGUCGAAGUGAAAAUUGUUUUGUACAAGAAUUAUCUUCGUAUCAAGAUUUAUUAUCAAUACAGAGUCAAAAUCAAAUUGUUAAUUCAGCAAAUACAAUACAAAGAGGUACAUCAAAAGGUAAACUAACGGUUAGUGAUACAUUCAGAAUGCAAUUACAAGCUUUAGUAGAUGUUCUACAAAGUACAAAUCCAUGGUAUGUUCGUUGUAUAAAACCAAAUUCAGAAAAAUUACCAAAUGAUUAUAAUGAUCAACUAGUCUUAGAUCAACUUAGAUAUUUAGGAAUGUUAGAUAUAAUACGUAUAAGACGUGAAGGUUUUCCAAUUCAUUUAACAUUUGAUGAUUUCGUUACAAAAUAUCAAUGUUUAACAAAACGUAAAGGUAUUAAAUCAACACGUGAACAAGUAUUAUCUGUGAUAAAAGAAUUAAAUGUACCGACAACUGAAUGGCAAUUAGGUAAAAGUAAAGUAUUUUUACGUAGCCGGGUACAUGAACCAUUAGAAGAUGCUAGAAAACAAAUAAUUAAUACACAAGCAUUGAUAAUACAAAGAACAUGGAAACGUUAUAUUGCUCAAAAGAAAUUCAAAAAUAUUCAAAUAUCAGCAUUAAAAAUACAACAUGCAUAUAGAGGCUGGAAAUUACGUAUUGAAUUUUUAAGAAAACGUCGUGCUGCAAUUGUAAUACAAAGUCAUUUAAGAGGUGUAUUUGCACGCGAGGUUGCUGCUGCUUUACGUGAAAUGCGACGAGUUGAUGAAGAAAUGCGUAAACGUGAACGUUUAGAAGCUGAAAAGAAGAAACGUGAACAAGAAUUGUUAUCAGCUGAGAAAACUGCUCAAGAGAAGAAAGCUAUCGAAGAGUGUGAAAGCAUGCCCAGUAAAGGAAAUGCUGUCAAAAAAGGAGGAAUGGUUCAAGAAGAAAUUAUUGCACUAUCACAAAUGGCUGAACAAAUUAACACCAAAUUAAAUCAACAACCACCGCCAAUACCACCUCCAUUAGCAGAAAUGACAAAUAAUAUUAAAAACAAUAAUAUUAAAGCUCAAAUGAAUGGACAUGCUCCGUUAGUAGGAACGACACAUCAGCAAAGUAAUGAUUCUGUUGAUUUAGACAAUUUAUUCGCUUUCUUAAGUGAAGUAACACCAAAUUCAAAUAAUCCAGUUUUAGAUGAAAUCGGCGAAAAAAUGGAUACUCUUGUACAAGAUUUAGAUGUGGAGUUAGAGAAUGUUAUUCAACAAGAAAUUGAAGGUUUGGCAAUGGAACGUCCAACGAAAACACCACCAGCCAAAGGUGUUCCAACACUACCAGAACCAACGACAAGACCACCGCCACCGCCCACUACUAUUAAUGGAACUUUACAUCCAAUUCAAAAUUCAAUGCAACCAUCAUCCCAAAUGAAACCAAAUCAAGUUAUUCCUAUGAAUGUUAACAAUAAUAAUAAUAAUAUUUCUGCACCUAUACCCAUAAAUCGACCACAACGAAAAGAAGAACCAAUUUACGAAGCAGUUUUACCGAAAGAACUACCACCACCACCACCUCAUAUUAAUGAAACAUUAUCAAAUUCAAUUCAUCACAACCAUAAUAUAGAAAAUGGUGUACAACAAUCACAAGGUCUUCCAAUACAUAAACUUAGGCCAAAGAGUCCAGCUGUCACAAAUGUAGCAAGGUCGGCUAGUCCAAUUCAAAGAACUCCAACUGGUGCACCAAUAAGUCCAUCAUCACCGAAACAUAGUAGACCUAAUUCGAGAGCUUCCUCAACUGGAACAAAUCAACAUCAACAACAUACAGAAAGGGAGCAACGACGUAAACAUCGUGUCGAAAAGAAACUGCAAGAGAUGCAACAAGUUGAUGUUACCGAAAAAGAAAAGGAAUCAAUGCGUGAUGAUGUUUAUUUCGAUAUAUUGGAAUUUGCUGAAAACUUUUUCAAUGUUCACGAAAGAUCACCUGAAGGUACUCUAAUGCAAACCCUUACUAGAAAAGGGAAGAAGUGUUCAGAUUUAGUUCCAAAAUAUGAAAUGAUUACAUUUUACCGAGGCAAUACAAUACCUUCAUCUCAUAUACAUAUGUAUGAUCCAGAAAAUGUUGUUGCUGCUUGCAAUAUAUUUAGGGAUCUCUGUAAAUACAUUCGAGGCGAAUUGAAUCCGGAACGCGAAUUACAGGUAAUUCAGUAUAUAAUCGGGCAAGGAAUUGAAAGAGAAGAAUUGCGGGACGAAAUUUUUGUUCAAUGCAUUCGGCAGGCAACUAACAAUCCUCACUCAGAUUGGGUUGAUCGAGUUUGGCUUUUACUUUGUUUAACAAUUGUUGCAUUUCAACCUAGUAAAGUUCUGUUUAGAUAUUUUGUGAGCUUUCUUAAAAAGAAUCUGGAGUCAUUAGAUGGUAAAUUAAGGCAAUAUGCCCAAUGGUGCCUUGAUAAUUGCAAAGGUGCAAAAGUUUCUGCAAGGCAGUAUCCGCCAUCCAGUGUGGAAGUUGCUGCGAUGCGAAGACUUGGAACAAUUGUGUGCAGAUUCUUCUUUUUAGAUGGACGCACUAAGGCCAUUGAUGUACAUCCAACGGAUACAGCAAGCGAUGCUGUUGCUAAAUUAGCAGAUAAACUUAAUUUAAUGAACACUGAUGGUUGGGCCAUCUACCAGUCUAGACCAGAUGGAGAAGAGCAUGUUAAAUCGCAUGAUUAUUUGUAUGAUAUUAUUGCUGCUUGGGAAAUAAAACAAACAAAAAUUCAAGCAAAUGCUACAUUAAGAAAAAAUUCUGCCGCCUUAGGAUCUGGCGAAAAUCGAUUUGUAUUUAAGAAACGUCUUUUUAAAACAACAAGAGAAUUAUCCCAAGAUCCAGUAGAAGUUAACAUGCUCUAUGCACAAGCUGUUUACAGUGUCGUGAAGUGUGACGACUUUCCAGUUAGUGAAAAAGUGGCUUUGCAAUUGUCAGGUUUACAGGCUCAGGUUGCUUUAGGUGAUCCAUCAAAUCAACCUAAACCAGAAUAUUAUACUGACGUAAAUAACUAUUUGCCCGAAAGAAUUUCAAAAACGCGAGAAGAACAAUUCUGGGUUCCAAUAUUAGCUCAAGCUCAUCGUCAGUAUGGAGCUGGUCGAUCUGAACUAACAGCUAAAGUUCUAUAUCUUAGCUGUGUUAUGCAAUAUCCUUUGUAUGGAACAACAAUGUUUCCUGUUAUUUACCGAGGUUAUUGGAGCUAUGGAAAUAAUUUAAUUUUAGGUGUUAAUUGUGAAGGAAUAAUGUUAAUCAAAACUGAAGAUAAAUUUGUUUUAUAUGAAUUUCGUUAUUUUGAUAUUGAAUCAAUAAUGUUAGAUCCAAGUGAUAGUUUCAUUACCAUUACAUUAAAUCGUCAAACGAGCACAAAUCAAACAACAGUUGAUCAACAAAGAUGUUUUGUUUUUGAAACACCACAAAAGAAUGAAAUUGGCUCAUUAAUUGUAUCUUAUUAUCCACCACUAUCAAAUUGGAUAACAGAAAGUGAAGUUCCUCCCAAAAAAUCUAAAGGAAUUACGAAUGAAGACCGUGUCAGAUUACACCAUAAUGUUGUUGUUUGCAGACGUCAUUUAGUUGAUGCAGAAAUCCUUCGCAAACCUCAGGAUGCAACUGGUGGAUUCUUGCGAAAUACCCUGCGAAGACUUUCAAAACAUCGCCUUGAAAAAUUAAGAGCUGAACAUGGUACCGCAGUUCAGGAUCAUGGUGAAACUUAUAAAGGCUUUAUGCAUGCAUAUUGGGCUUUUAGUCGUCAACCUUUACCACAGAGCUUAAGUAAAUUGCCAGAUCAAGAAGAGCAAGCAAUGUUACAAGUAUUCCAAGCAAUAUUAACAUAUGCAGGUCUUGGACAAAGUGGUGAAGCUGUUCAACGUGCUGAGGAUGAACAUAUUACCCUUAUUCAAUCUAUAAUGGACAGAUGCAUGCGGAAAGAAUCCCUUCUCAAUGAACUAUAUUUACAACUAAUUAAACAAACUACUGAUCAUCCUGAUCCUAAUUCUCGUGUUAAUUUAAGACAUUGGGCACUAUUAUCACUUGCUUGCAGUGUUAUAUUGCCACCACUUAAGGUUGUUCGAAAAUAUUUAAUAGGGCAUUUAAAAAGAUGUGCAAGCGAUUACAUAACCGAAGAAGGAAAAUAUGCAAGAUUCGCUGAAAGGUGCUUUUUUAAAACGCAAGGUACUCGACGAAGACAAUGGCCGCCCAGUCGCGAAGAAAUUGUUUGCACUAUUAAUCGUCGGCCAAUAUAUGCUCGCUUUCAUUUUAUGGAUGGACAAUAUCAUUCAGUUGAGUUCCAUCCGAGCUCCACAGCUCGAGAAGUCAUGGAACUGGUUAAAAAGAAAAUUGGUUUGCAAGAAAAUGCUCAAGGUUAUGCCAUUUAUGAAGUUUUAGGAACAUCAGAAAGAAGUUUAAUGCCAGACGAAAAAGUUGCAGAUGUAAUGUCAAAAUGGGAAAAAUAUAGAAAUGCUGCAGCACAAGCACAACAAAAUCAACAAUCACCGGCUAUGCAAGCAUGUCGAAGGCAACAUCACAAUUUCUUAUUUAAGAAGCACUUAUUCUUUGAUCACUAUAUGAAUUUAGAGGAUCCAGUUGAAAAAGAAUUACUUUAUCAUCAAGUAUUACACGGUUUACGUAGUGAACGGUUCCCAAUUACUGAAAUGGAAGCUAUAAUGUUAACAGCUUUACAAGGACAAUUAGAAAUAGGCGAUUGUUCAGAAGUUUUAAUAGAUUACAGAACGAUUGCAAGUCAUUGUUUGCCACCAAGAUUUGUACCAAAUAUACCUCAUGAGGCAGUUGCCAUGCAUCAUCAAAGUUUAAGAGGAAUGACACCAGCCGAAGCCAAAAAGUCUUUCUUAAAUCUAAUACAAAGUUGGCCCUUACAUAAAGCCACAAUAUUUGAUGUAAUGCAAUCGUUUACAUCAAACUGGCCUCGAGUUUUAUGGCUUGCUGUAGAUCAAAAUGGUAUUCAUCUUUUAGAACAUCGAUCAAGAAAUACACUUUGUACAUAUGAAUAUUCAUCGAUAUUAUCUUAUUCACCAAAUAUGAAUUGUUUAAUGAUUAUAACUGGAACAGAUAAAAAACAAUCAAAAGUCAUAUUAACAACUUCACAAGCCUUCCAAAUAGCGAAUUUAAUACGAGAAUAUUCACAAGUUAUUUCAGCUGCAGCAGAAGAGGCUAACAAAGAUAGAAGUCCUCAGCCACCACCGGUUCCUGAACAUGCUAAUAUAAUUAAUAAUCAAACAAAACUCCAAUUGAUACAACAACAUCAAUUGCAUCAACAACAAUUUCAACAACAACAAAUAGCAAUACUUCAACAACAGCAAGUACCACACAAUAAUAUGGUUGAUAUACGAAAAGGCCCUAGACCAACAUCAGUUAUUAGGACAUCAGGAGUGACUUUAGUUGCUCCACAACCUAGCUAAUAUUCCAUUUUUGGUAAAUGGAGCCGUCAAAAACUAUAAAUAUGUCAUUCAAUCUCCAUUUGCUAACAAUGUUAAAACAAUAUUUAAAUAAUUAAAUUAAAUUUACAUAAUAAAUAUGUAUAUGCAUAUAGUAUAUGUAAAUGUAUGUAUGUAAUAUGUAUGUAUAGAUAUAUGUUUUAUAUGAUGUGAAAAGAAUACACAUAAAUAAUGUUAUAUAAAUAAUAUGUGCAUAUAUGUGUACAUACAUUUAUACUUGCAUGUCAUACAUUAUAUUUAAUGUUUUUGUUUUAAAACAAAUAGAUAAAUAAAUUUUUUUUUUUUUUGACUGAUUAAAAAUACAAAAUGAUUAAAUAAAUAUUAUUAAAAAGAGAAAUAAUAAUAAUUGAAAUAUUUAAUAGAAUUAACCAAAAAUGUUGUAUGCAAUCAAAAUGCUCUCAAAAU